AAUUUUUGUUGGUAUUUCUUUAAACAAUUGCCACUUUACAUUGACUUACAGGAUGAGUCUGAAAACCACCAAUCUCUGGAAAGGUACGUGACGAGGUAUCUGGAGGAUGUGGUGGUACACUGUAAGCAGUACAAGAACGAUCUGCAGGCCUCCUCAUUGUUGGCUGUUAUAGCAGCACCGGUGCACCUUAUACAACCUCUGUUAGCUGGCAUACCUCCCAUGAUGAAGAUGAUAUUUCAACUUGGUCAAGGGUAUGUGUCUCUCGCCCACAGUGGAAUGGAUGCUCUAGAGCGGUGGCAGGAUAAGUUGCCCUCUGAUCAGCUGAAGCCCAUACUAUACCAAGUCCUACCUUCGUUUGAUCCCUAUCUUCGUAGCACAGGUAUUUUAAUUGAAGAAGAGUCAGAAGAAGAGAUUAAACUGUCAAAAGUACAGCAGAAGCGAGCAAAGCGAAUAGCGGAAUCUACACAGCUGAGCAAGCUGCAGGAACGUAUGUUAAAGCUACUUAGUAAGCUGGACUCAGCUACUUGCCUAAGCUUACUGAGGCAGGAGAACACAUCAGCAGUGGCAUGGACUACUGAACCCAUCCUGAAACUCAUGAUACCAUUCCCAGAUCAUAGACUUGAUGUCUAUUUGGAUGCCCUGCUGCCAAGAGUGGUAGCGCUAGCGUUAACUUCAAGUGACCGCCAGACCAAAUCUGCAGCUUGUGAAGUGUUGCAUGCCUUGGUGAUCCUUUUCACAGGCUUAGAUGUGAGAAUGCCGGAAGGUGAAGCACUGACAUCUCUCUGGCGUCACCUGAUGCCGGCUCUAUUGCAGCUAGGAUGUGGCUCUGACCUGGUAGCUCGGCAGCUGUUCCAUUUGCUGGUCAUGCAGCUGAUGCACUGGUUCUCGUCCAAGAAGAUGAUGUCUCGACCCCAGGAGCCUGCUGCCGUCCUGGAGGCCAUCUGGGAUGGAGUAACCCACGAGAGUGACACCGCUCUUCAGGACUUCAGUGCUGUGUGUCUGCGGGAAUUCGUGUCAUGGGCCAUCAAACAGUCCAGUGACAAAGAAUUAGCCGCAAGUCCUGCCAGCAUAAAGGGCGUGGUCAGGCAGAUCAACACGUAUUGUGUGCACGCUAGCCUCUCCAAACGAGUUGGAGCUGCAAUAGCGUUCAAUCAUCUGGCCCCACUGCUGCGGGAGCACCUAACUCUGGUUGAGAAGUUCUGGGUGGAGUUGCUGUUCAACUUGGUACGAAACUUGGCUCUGUCGGACAGCAGUGAUAACCAUCCUGCUUGCCUGGCUCUAGACCAAGUGCUCAGAGUUGUACAGAAGAAUGCUGAUCUCUUCAACAAGGUUAGCAGUGAAAGGAGGGUUCCUGUAGCUCUGCAGUCGGGCCAACUACGUGACGUGUUGCACUGGCUACUACUUCAGUGUGGCAACACGUCUGUCGUGUGCGCCAAAAAGUGUCGUCACUUAGUGAAAGCUCUCACACCUCUUGUGCCAGACAUCAACCAAACUCUAGACUUUUACUCCAAAAGGCUGACCGAUAUUGAAAACGAUGUUGACCGUUCAAAAGGACGAAAUAAAAGAACCCAGGGUGAAAAUAUCGAGUUGUUAAAAAGUGACAACGUUUCUCUGAGGCGAGAGGUGUCAAGUCUGAAGAAAAAACUUAACGCUAAUGCGCAGUAUUUUGAAGAGCAACUGUUUGGAGAUACAAGGUGUUCCUGA